AUGUCAGAUAUAUUAUUCAUAGUUAUAUUCUCAUCACAAACAGAUAGUUGUAUAUAUAAACACAGAAUGAGAUUCUCUAAUCUUUUAUUAUUAUGCUUUGCAUUGUUAUGUUGUUCAACUGUUUUCGCAGCUGACUCUGUUUAUACAGGAUCAGUUGAUUUAGGUGAAAUUGCUAAAGGAAAAGUUUAUAAAUCAGCAGUUGCAUCUGUACCAUUACCAACUAGCACCUUCCAAUUGAAUGCUAUUCAUGUUACUUUGAUGAACAAGUCUAGUAAUGCUCCAUUCUCACACGACUCUAUCUUUUUGUCGACUGUUGAAUUUAGUUUGGCCGGUAAAAAGGUGGCUCAAUUCUCUGCUUCUAAUAUCCUCAACCCAGUCUAUUUCAAUGCUCCCUAUGGUUUGGAAAUCAAGGCUCCAUUGGCAUUAGAUACUGCCGUCAUGACAUCCAACGCUGCUCCACAUGAUAUUGUCUUGACCUAUUCCAUCAAAUAUUCUACUUCUACUGCCUACACACCAUUGACUCGUCUUGCUACUAGUUGUCAACCAAAUUAUGCUCCAUUUAAUGUGCCAGCUGGAAAAGGUGGUUUCACCGCUACUCAUGGUGUUGAAUGGCCACAAAAUGUAAACGCAAUGGCAUUCCAAGCAUACGCAUCACAAGGUAUUAUUUCAUUGAGUUUUGUUGAAGCUACCAAAGGAACAGUUUUAUGUAAAUCAACUCCAGUUGUCGACGCCAAGAAGAUUCUUCAGUACAUGACACCAUGCAAUACCGUCGUUGCACUCGCCAAGGGAACUACUUACAAUACUAUUGCAGUCUAUGACAACUCGGUUGCUCGUAAGAGUGUUAUGGGUAACUUUGGUUUAUAUGUUGGAUCUCCACAUACCACCACUUCUACCACCUCUGCUGGUACCUCUACCCAUGCCGCUACCUCUUCCACUACCCAUGCUGCUGCCACUUCUACCCAUGCCGCUGCCAGUUCGACUCAUAGUGCUGGUUCAAGUGCUGGCGGUUCUAGUGCUGGUGGUUCAAGUGACGACGGUGGCAAGACCUCUGCCACAUCCUCUGAAUUCACUUCUGGUCCAUCCCACGACACUGACUCUACCUCUGGUCAAACUUCUGCCUCUCCAACCGGUUACUCUAUCAGUACCGGUGCUGCUGCCUAUGAUUUCCUUUGGGAUUCCGAUAGAAAGAAUGUUCAAUUCUAUUAA